AAACUCUUGUUAUAGAUGAGAUACGAUUCGACCGAGGUGUGCCGAGUGCUUAUACAAUAAGAAAGUAAGGUGAAAAGGAAAAUGGAAACACCGUGAAGGUUGUCUGAAAUGUCUGUCAUGUAGCUUAAUUGUCGUUUUUCGUUAUUUUCAAGUAUGAUUUCAAACUGUGUUAGGACGAAACUUGUGCAUUCCCGAGUAAGUCCGAGUUUUACUUGUCUGAUACAUACCUCAACGAUCUGCAUGAAAGAUCACUACAAGACAUUGCAAGUGGAGUCAGAUGCAUCUUCGACAGAAAUAAAGGAAGCAUACUUGAAUUUAUCAAAAUUAUACCAUCCAGAUGUGAACCCGGAUGAAAAUGCGAAAAGAAUGUUUCAGGAAUUAACAGAAGCAUACGAAGUGCUUGGAAAUGAGAAAGGAAGGCACGCUUAUGACAAUAAAUUUAUCACGAGAUUUAAGGAAAUUCGACACAAGAGUGCCAAAACCAGCAAGAAAGACCCUGAUCGCCGUAGCAAGAAAGACCCUGAUCGCCGUAGCUAUAAAGAAAUUCAUGAAAAAAUCAAAAAAGUAUAUCAGAAAGAUGAAGAACUGUUCAAGGAAUGGGUACGUAAAGAUGAAGAAAAUAUUAGGAGGUUUUUUGAAGAACACAUGUAUGGGGAACGUAAAGAUGAAAUAAGAGAAAGGGAGAGGAUAGCUAAGGACAGACACAAGAAGAACGAAGAUUUAUAUAAGGCUAUGAAUGAAAGAGACCAGGGGAAAAUGGAAAAAAUGGAAAUAAGAUUAAUGAAACAAUUUGCAAAAGUGCUUGCAAUAGGACUCGUAGGAGCGUUUCUUCUUGAAAAACUUUCAGAGUCAUAAAUGUUGAAAACAGUUUCAUUUUUUUUAAUGGAGUAUAUUUGUUUUAGAUUAUUAAAAUGGAAGCUUUGA